AAAACUCUAUAGAAACUAGAAUUAUUAGCAAAAGUAUUUAUGAAAGUUAUUAUUUACAAUGAUUUGUUAAAAAAAUGUAAGUUUUUAGAAGUAGGUAAACAUUUCUGAAGCCUGUGUAGAUGUUUUUGCGAGUGUAGAACAGUUGCGAAUUGGAGCGGGCAACUUGAGUGCGGUGCAGGCCCCAACCAAAACCCGCACCACACCACCUUAUUUGCAUGGCUACCAAAGUAGUGCGGAACCCCAGACCUCAGACCCUAAGUGAUGGUGCAACCGCCGGCGGAAUGAUUCACACAGUUGCACUCCCACACAGAGACGCAUGGAAUAGUGCCAUAAAUGACAUGUGAUAGAUGGAUGGACACUUGGUGAGGGCUUUGGGGGAUUAGCCAGGAAUGUGCCCCAAAUGAAGCUGCACACGCCUUCGCCGUCUCCUGUAAUUACGUUGCCUCCGGAGCAGGUCCAUAAAAGCCGUUGAUAGUAGUCAGCUUUUGCCUGAAGAAGGAGGAAUGGCCCAACCGCCGCUUCCUCAACCACUUCACUUGGUUCUCUGGCCCCCUUGUUCGUUUUAUUACGUAUACGCCGCGCUGGUCGAUGUGGAACAGCUCUUGAGGCGAGACAAACAUCUGCCUCAAUAUUUGGUCUGGGCAAAUAUGAAUUGUCCGAGUUCCAAUAUUUUCAUUGACUGAACGUAAGAGACUCUUGCCUCUCCCACAUGUUGGUAAUAUAUAUAUUUUGACAGACUUGAACCAAUCAUUUCAUGCCCUGCCGCUCGAAUCGGAACAAAUGCCAUCCGAUUCUUUCGUUCAAGCAUGACUAAUGGGAGAAACCUAAAAAAUUAUGUCGAUCAUCAUUAUAUCGGUCAUAUCUAAGUGCAAAGCGAAGCCAACUCACUAGAAAUUGCACAAAAAUGACAAACGCCAGCUGAAGAAGACGUAGUCGGUUCGUUGGCCCCCCAAAACCCGUAGUCUAGAGCCCCAUCGCUGAGGAGUGGAGUGGUCAACAUGCGGCGUCCGAAAAUAUCCCUCAAGAAGUACUUCUACUUCACACUGAUCUGCGCCCUCCUCCUCAUAUUCGGUUUCAGUAUCAAAGAGCACGAGAUAUGGAAGACGCGGGCUCCCCGUUCGGCACAAAUAACCACUCAGCAGCAGCACACCCAGCAUCUGCAUCAACUGCAGUCCAUGGACGAGGAGCAUCCACUGGCCACCAGUUCGACACCGGCGCCAGUCGCAGCCACUCUGCUUCCUGACGUGGCUGGCAAUUUCGUCGAGGAGCCGGAGAAGGCGCUUCUGGAGGAGGAGGAGACCGAGGCGGAUAGGCUGCAAGAGCCGCCGGCGGAAAAAGCCUGGUUCUUCAAGAACGGCGAGUACUAUCCCAAGCCGGCCAGGACAUACAGCAACCGCAAGGCCAGGAAGCGACAUGCUCCUCGGUUGCUGCCCCAUCAGGAUCCCUUCUCCGAUCGGAUCGUCAACCAGCUGAUGUACGUGCCGCACAACUACGAAGAGAUCAAGGCCAGCGGCAAACUGAAGACCAUCCUACUCUACAACGGCCUCGGUCCGUGGAACGUCAAGAAGGGCCGCGAAGUCUUCCUAAAAGCAAAGUGUCCCGUGGACACCUGCGAACUGACUGCCAAUCGCGAUCUGGCCAGCUCGGCCGACAUGGUCCUCUACAAGGAUCACUACAUCCCCACGGGCAUUCGGCGGCCCAGCAACUCCAAGCAGGUCACCAUGCUCUACUAUCUGGAGUGCCCGUACCACACGCAGAAUGUCAAGGUGCCCGAUGCCAUCAACUGGACAGCCACCUACAGGAGGGACAGUACUAUUGUUGCGCCCUAUGAAAAAUGGCAGUACUUCGACACAAAAGUGCAGCAGCAGGAGCAGGACAUAAACUACUCCGUCAACAAAACCAAGAAGGUGGCUUGGUUUGUGUCCAACUGUGGGGCGAGGAAUGGCCGGCUGCAGUACGCCCAUGAACUGCAAAAGCACAUCGAGGUUGACAUCUACGGGGCAUGCGGCAACUUCAAGUGUUCACGGAGCACGGCCGACAAGUGUUUCGAGAUCCUCGACAACGAUUACAAGUUCUACCUGGCGUUCGAGAACUCCAACUGCAAGGACUACAUCACGGAGAAGUUCUUUGUGAACGCACUGAACCGCAGGGUGCUGCCCAUUGUGAUGGGUGCCCGUCCGGAGGACUACGAGGUGAGUGCGCCGCGACGAUCCUACAUCCACGUGGACGAGUUCGCCUCGCCCAAGGAGUUGGCCGAGUAUCUGCGCAUCCUGGACCGCGACGACGAGCUGUACAACUCGUACUUCAAGUGGAAGGGCACCGGGGAGUUUAUCAACACGUACUACUGGUGUCGCGUGUGUGCCACCCUGCACAACGAGGAGCAGCUGAGGAAGCCACGCUGGUACACGGACCUCAACGACUGGUGGCGGGGACCCGGAGUCUGCACCACGAGAUCCUGGCGAAACUUUAAGGCGCGCAAGGACAUCAUCAGCGACUCCAGCGACGACUGAGUCCAGGUGCUCGAGGCGAUCCAGAUCGUUGCGUUGAGCAGAAGUCAGCAUCAGGCAUUUUAGUGAGUCAUUCGCUUCUGAAACGUUGUUUUGUAGGUAUCACCAUCGCCAUCUCUAAUUUCACUAUCACUAUCACUAUCCAUAGGAUGGGUUUAUUUUGCUUCGAGAAAAAAAAAUAGGUGCAAUAGGCAGUCUUUAUCCCUUUCCAAAAACUAGUUUUAAAACUUAAAAUACGUAGAGAGAAGAGCAAAGAGUAAUGGCCAAAUAUUUAUUAUCAAAACCUGUAAUAUUAGUUUUAGUUCUUCCUCUAUUAUCUGUAAUAAUUAUUUUUAGCCCCCAAGGCUAACGAAUUUUUACUUAGUAACUUUAAUUUUAUUCCAUGAUUGCUGUUCGCAACUAGAAUGUUCUCAAAACAAACGACCCAUCCUUCGCUAUCCAUGUGUAAAGAUUCGCUUCGUUUUUGCCGGAGUUUUACGUAAAUGUUUUUUGUAGCUAGUAAGUAAGCAAACGAAAGCUCGGAGCUGGCGACGUCCGGGGGAAUCAAAUCAAACCGAGAAGGCACGAGGUGAGGAGCGUUCAAACACUACCCCAUAGACUAAAGAUCCCCGUGCUGAUCGUUGUAACAUAUACAAUACCAGAUGCAUAAGAGAACCUAAACCUAGAAACCUAGCCUAGUUAUUUAUGGAUAUACAAAUGAUAUGUAUACAUAGUUCGAUAAUUUAUAUAGUUGUUUAAACAAAAAGCAAGUCCAAAAUAGACCAUAACACGAUAGAGAGAGGCAAGCAAGUUACAGUAGUUUGACAUUAUAUGGCUUAACUGCAAUGAGAAGAGGCGUCAGCAAAAUAGCUUAGUUCUUUUGUAAGUGUUUUUUGUAAGCAAUCAGCAGCUGAUGGAUCAUCCUGAAAUAUGUUGCCUGUUAUUAGAGCACAUUUUCAUUUCACAAUUCGAUUUUCAGUUUUAUAUCUUAUCUAGCCUGGCUUUUGGUUGAAAUGUUAGCUGUAUAGAGCUACUUGAAAAGGUUUCCCAGCCUGUUGACUAACUAACUUACUCUAAAACCGAUUCGCACAAGCUAAUAUAUAUAUCUGAUCUAAUACAAAUACAAUCUGCAUUCCUAUUUUUCACAAGAUAUCAUAGGGCGUAUUAUUUCAAUUCGAACAGCGCAUAUGUGUGUUUUACAAUUUUUAGCAAUAUUUGUAUUUAUUGUGUAACAUUUAAUUUAUAAGUAUCGAAUAAUAUCAUCUGUGUGUGUAUUUUGAUUGUGAACUUGUUUAAAUUAUAAUUUUUACUGUGAUACAAAAAAUAAUAAUUAUAAUAAACAAGAAUUAAACAGUGGCAACUUAUGGCAAACAA